AUGCCCACCCAGGAGCGACACUCAUGGCAUAAGCCUGAGGUGACCAACCUGCCGCCAGACUCGUAUACUGCGCAGAGAUUGCAACAUGCCACGCCUGAACACCUUCACCUCACCUCGAGGCGCUACUUCAUCGGUCCUAUCCCGACAGCAUGGCUGAACAAGCAUCGACGCGACUGGUACAAGCACCAUCUGCGCAUCAACUACUCGACCCGCGCUGGAACCUUUUCCUCGGACCCCCACGACGCUCGCCAGCGACGACUGAGUGGUCUUGAAGGCCCCAGUUCUUCCGCCCUCUUUCAGCACAGCUUCCCCCAGCCCCAAGAACUCGACGCCGAGGAGGAAGAGACGGGGGAUCGAGAAGGAGGACAGAAGGGAGACUUGCAGUCGUCCGAGGCAAGCGGCGCAAAUGGAAAAGCUGCCGCGACUGCGGCCUCACCACCUGCCUUGCAAAUACCCCGCAGUUCAGACAACAGAAAGGAUGUGGUGACGGAAGCGGAAGAAGAGCACUGGGUUGACGCGCCUUCUGAGCCUGAGGACGAGGACGGGGACAGCGAUGACGACGACACCCACCAUGACCACAACCAAGACAUCCCCGCCCCUCCUCUGACAACACGACGGUCAAGCGAAAAGACAUUUGUCACUGCGUCCUCUGUACCAAUAACAGAGCCAGACAAUAGCGAAAUCACAGAAGACCAAGACCCUCAGCAGGAGGAACAACACCCGGUAGAGCAAAACGGCCUACAAGUCCCUUCGAAUGGAAGCGAGCCAGGAUCAAAGUCGCUGGGCAAGCGCCCGCUACUUAGCAUAGAGAGCCAUGGACAUCCUGCGUCAACCACUGGAGCUGCUUCUGUAGAUGCUAAUUCAACGUCGUCUCUGUUGCCCAACGCUGACACCAACAAGGCACCCGCUCUCGCUGACAUCGAUCCAAACCCACCCGCCAAAGGUAUACUGGCCAAGGUCAGGAGAAAGUCUGAAAUGAUGUCUUCUUCCUCUGGGCAAGCACAGGAUGUAGACGCCUCGUCAGGAGAGUUGACGCGCAAGAAGUCGACUAUGCGAAAUCUGGUCAAAUUCGAUGUCCCGGAAAAUUCGAGGCGUGCAGCCAUCCACCUCAAAGCAAAGAAGGCGCAGAUGACGGUCCAGCGAGCAGGUACCAGGGUUCGACGAAAGAAUAUCAAAGAGGGGCUCGUUGUCAAGAUGGAGCGCAUGCUCGUUCGUGUUGAUGCUGCAGCAGAGGUUCCGGAAGAUUUUGAUGAGAACGUCAGCCAAAGAGUCGUGUCUCGCGUCAAGAACAAGUGGCGCGAAUACAUGGUUGUCUGCCGCCACAGUCACGUUGAUGGUGCUGAUUUCGUGCUGCAAUUCUACCAGACUCGAGUCAUUCCAGAAAUCGAAAAUGCGGGCGCGAGCAAGAAGGCGGCAUAUGAAAUUCCACUCAGUCGCAAGACCAGCAAGGCCAAUCUGUAUUCUGCGCUCGACAAGACUGUGGUCGUCUCAACGCCAAGACGUCCUGAGACCUUGAUCUUCAUUAUGCAAGCUCGCACUUCCUCGAGCGCUGCUGAAUGGUAUACCUUCAUCAGGAACAUACUUGGUUGGCAACGGGCUUCUGAACUUCAAAUCAAUAUACCCGACAUGAGCCUAAGUGUGAGCAUAGUAAAUCCUUUUGCGCAGCUAGAAUCCUCUCAGAACAAAGUACAUUGCGCAGAUGAUACUGAAGAGGCUCUCCUAAAAACUAUGCAAGAAGAGGAGGCUGUUGCAGAGAAUCUCAUACGACGCUGUCUGGAGCAACUGGAAGACGAACCGCAAUGGGCCGAUGUCCUGGCAUCAUGGAUGAAAGACCAACGCAUUGGUCUUGCCUGGAAGCGCUACGACCGGCUUGAAUGGAUACACGGAGCCAACGAACGCAAGAUGUAUGGCACUAUUGCUAUGCUCAAAUCACAUGAGCUGGAGCUGCGACCCAAGACGCAUUACCCCACGACUGCCAUUACGCGAAAGAAGCACAAGACGCUUACCGAGCCAGUUCCAGUUGAAGGCUUCCUCAUUCGGCUUACUGGACAACGGGGUCGGUCUAAGCGCCUAGGACUCAUGUACCACAAGCAACUGUACUUUGCUAGUCAUGACCAGUACUUGGUCUUUUCUCGCCCGACCAAAGCGACUCCACCACCGCCUCCAAAGCUACCUGCUUCAGAGAAUGCGGCCGUGCCAACACCAGAUGCAGUUAGAGACGCGGUACCAGACAGCUGGGCAGUAAACCCAUACAGUCUGCAGCAUGGUCAAAUUGAAUGGCUCAUGGAGGGUCACUCUGGCACGACCGAGGCCAGGCGGCUGCGCGAUGAGGAUGCAGCAGAUGAGGCCGAGCGCAAAGAACAAAAUCUCCUCAAUUGCGACGGUUACAUCAACCUGACUGAUGUUGUCAAAGUCCGCAAAGCCCGAUUGGGUGCUAGUGCUGCUGACGAGGACCUUGAGGAAGGCUCGGAUGUGGACUUUGACGAAGACAUUGAUGACUCUAUGAACAACGACGGAGUGACUAAUGACCUGGAUCUUGAUCGUACCCUUGAGCUAGUCAUGAAGAACGGCCUCAUCAUUCGUCUACAGGCUGCGAACAAAGCCCGUCGAAAAGAAUGGAUACAGCAUCUCCGUGCCCUUGUCAAGUACUGGAAGCAUCGCACUGCGUCUGAUAUUGCUCUCUACAAAUCCACACGCAGUCGUAACCUUAGCGCCCUUAAGAUUGACGAAGAGACUGAAGCGCAUGUUGGUCAAUUUGCUCGCAAGUGGGAGGUAACGCAGUCCUUUGCUUCGCCUGAGCUUUACAACAUGUGUGGCAUCGCUUGCUGCCGACCUAUUCACAUGAGCGGAAUGCUUUACCGUAAGCCUCGUAUACAUGCUCCCUUUACGCGGUGCAGCGUCCUGCUCACCGCUGGCACACUUCUUAUCUUUCGCGAUGUACUGCGAAGCAGAAGUGGAAAACAACUCGCGCAUAUACACCAUGAGCGAAUGGCCAAUCUGGACCUCAAAGACUGCUACAUCUACUCUGGUCUUCUCACCGAGAACGAUUUGCUAUAUCAAAAUCAAACUUUUGAUGCGAAUAAGCCAGGGCACCACGCACUUCCGCGGAUAUACCUCGAAGACGGAUGGACAUCAACUGACGAAGACGUUAUGACAACGUUUGUCAUCUGGCAUGGAAAGGCCAAGAGUUGGUUCCGCGCUGAAGAGGGCGCCGGGGGCGGUGAACAGAAUCGAAAAGAAGGAAAGAGGACCAAGUUGAAGAGAGUGGCCAAGCUGGGGAGCAAAGGUCGUAGCGUGGUUUUUAGGGCUCGGUCACGUGCAGAGCGCGACCAUUGGGUGCUGGCAAUUCAGAAUGAGAUUGAGAGAGUGCAGGGGAGUGCCGCAGACUUUAGACUAGAAGAGAGUAUUCAGUGA